GACGAGCUGGUGACUCCAUGAUCAGCCACAGAAACAUGAUGAUUUACAGUGAAAGGAGUGCAAAAUGACAGGCAAGGAGGGAGUUGUGCUCUCAGACUCUGAGAAUAAACAGAAAUCAUCCUCACAAACCGGUGUGAACCAUUUGGGAUCCCAUCAGCAUCAUCAUCAUCAUCAGCAGCCUCCUCCAACAGUGUGGAAGAUGAUGGCCCCCACGGUGCACCGACGCACCGGCUUUGGCAUCCAGGAGCUGCUCGGCCUCAACAAGGAGCCUCCGGUGGUGGCACCGAGGAGGCCUCUGGAGGCUCUGCCGCACAGCGCGCACCUCCUGGCGGCCAGGUCGGCGCUCGGACACGGGGGGGGUCUCGGAGGUCUCGGGGUCGGGAUGGGUUUUCUGGGACCAGAAGGAAUACACUCGUUUUACAGCCAGCCGGCCUUUCUGGAGGUGCUCGCAGAGGCGCAGAAUGUGCAUCACCUGCAGCCGCUGCACAGAGCUGCAGCUGCUGCAGCGCACAAGGACGCACAGAUGGAGAUGGAUGAGAAGCACUCCAACAGCUCUGAUUCUGAUGACAUGAGUCUCUCCUCCGGUGAUCAGAAGUUCUCUAAAUCUUCAAUGAGUCAAAGCAAGAAACGGAAGAAAAGACGACACAGAACCAUUUUCACUUCCUAUCAGCUGGAGGAGCUGGAGAAAGCUUUUAAUGAAGCCCACUACCCAGACGUGUACGCCAGAGAAAUGCUCUCCAUGAAGACUGAGCUACCAGAGGACAGAAUACAGGUGUGGUUUCAGAACCGCAGGGCCAAGUGGAGGAAAAGGGAGAAGUGUUGGGGUCGCAGCAGCGUGAUGGCAGAGUACGGCCUGUACGGAGCCAUGGUCCGUCACUCCAUCCCACUGCCAGAGUCCAUCCUCAAGUCAGCCAAGGAGGGCGUCACAGAGUCCUACGCUCCGUGGUUAUUAGGUAUGCACAAGAAGUCAGUUGAAACCACACACACCUCUCCUGGAAAACCCUGCAGCCUGUCACCACCACCACCACCACCACCACCUCCACCUCCACCUCCACCACCACAGGAGAAACCAGUGGACCAAGUGAUGGAGGAUGUGACGGAGAAACGGAUGAAAGACACUACUAACACACCAAUUUCUAAAGAGGAACUGAGGGAGAACAGUAUUGCAGCGUUGCGAGCGAAGGCACAGGAGCACAGCGCCAAGGUGCUCGGGACGGUUACCGACAGAACAAACGGUCUCGUGACGCAUAAAGAGGAAGCUGAGGACAAGGGGACGGAGCAGGAAACGGCAGAGGUGUUGAAGUGUGACUGAAACAAAAGCUGCAGGAUACAGACUGAUGGUGAAAAUACCUACAGAGAGGAGUUUGCAAACAUUUCAGAGGCAGAAGUUUCAUCGGUUGAGUUGAACCUCGUCGCCUAUAAGCUGGACUUAAAAACCUGCACAUCAAAUAUUACAAUCAGAGAUAAAUGAGAAAUUAGUUGAGCUUACUUGUCCUCUGAAAAAAGGGUUCUUUGGCUCCAAGAAUUGAGGUUUGACAUUAUUUCUUCACUGCUCUUAGAAAUAUUUGUACAGCAAACUCAACCAAAUCAUGUCGCCUUCUGUUGAGAACGGAAAUGUUCCCCUACGUUUAUUCCAGAUGUUCUGAUAUGGAGCUGCGUUAAAAAUAUAUAUUUAUUUUCUUUAAAAAUAGAUUAACUUUGCAGUUCUGUGACAUGGCAGCUACUUUUAUGCAACAGUGAUGAUUUUUGGAAGCGAGUCUCCUUUUCAACAAGCAGCAAGAAAUCAACUAGACCUGCUCCAGAGGUGAUGAUGAUGAACGUGACCUCUGACCUCCCUGUGAUUUCAGUUAGGUGUUGGCGGCUGUUGUAACAUUUGUGAUGUACAUACUGAAAAUAUUGUCCAAUAGUUAACACUGUACUGUUAUGUACAGUUAACAUCAAUUAUCUGUGUUUGUCUCUGUAUAAAUGUAACUGUAGCCUAAUUAAAAAGUCACUGAUA